UCUUUGCCGUUGCUCUGGCCACAGCCCCACCCAACCAGGCUCGGUUGUCCUGGAGAGGGACUCUAGAGCCUGCAGUUGUACAGUUGCUGGCCAAUUGGAUCCGAUGAGUGGAGACCCUCAGGGUGAGGCCCACAGAGCCCUGUCUCAUCUUGCCUGUCACUUGAGGGACCCAGAACCACCAGUAUGUCAAGUGAGCCGAGUUCUACAGGAACCUCACCUAGGACUCCACGUCCUGGGACCCAGAAGUCAUCCGGUGCAGUAACCAAGAAGGGGGAACGGACUAAGGAGAAGCCAGCAGCUCCUCUGCCUCCAGUCGGUGAGGAGGAGCCAAAAAAUCCCGAAAAUUUUGUCUGGAACUUCCUAUAUAGACUAGGUUGCUUCAGAACUCAGAAUUCUAUCUCUGCUGAGAUCAAAGGUGGAUCUCUUCAGGGGUUGGCCUUAAAGAAUACACAUUUCCAGGGGAUACUGACAUACAUCAUAAGAUAUGAGGAGUACCAGUGCUCUGGGGUCCUGGAGACAGACUUCGCUGAGCUUUGCACACGGUCAGGCUACACGGACUUUCCCAAAGUUGUCACCCGCCCACGGCCCAACCAAAACUUUGUCCCUUCUGCUUCCAUGUCAGAAAAAGCCACCCAAGAUGACCAGCGGCUGUCAGCAUCCUGCAGCCAGAACAGCCUGGAGAGCAAAUAUGUGUUCUUUCGGCCUACCAUUCAGGUGGAGCUGGAGCAGGAGGACAGCAAGGUAGUGAAAGAGAUCUACAUCCGGGGUUGGAGAGUUGAGGAUCGGAUCCUGGGGAUCUUCUCCAAAUGUCUGCCCUCCCUCAGCCAGCUGCAAGCCAUCAACUUUUGGAAGGUGGGGCUGACGGAUAAUACCCUGGCCACUUUCAUCGCCCUUUUGCCUCUCUGUUCCUCCACACUCAGGAAGGUGUCCCUGGAGGGGAACCCGAUACCGGAGCAGUCCUAUUACAAACUCAUGGGACUGGACAGCACGAUUGCUCACUUGUCUCUGAGGAACAACAACAUUGAUGACUACGGGGCGCAGCUCCUAGGCCAGGCACUGUCCACACUGCACACCAGCAACCGGACCCUUGUUUCACUGAACCUGGCAUUCAACCACAUCGGGGAUGAGGGCGCUGGCUACAUUGCGGAUGGGCUGAGGCUGAACCGCUCUCUCCUCUGGUUGUCCCUGGCACACAAUCGUAUUCAAGACAAGGGAGCACUGAAGCUGGCCGAGGUCCUGCGUCCCUUUGAGCUGACCCACAAGGAGGUGGUGGAGCGGCGGCGCCUACUGCUGGAGAAAGGAUCACAGGAACGGUCUCGAUCGCCUUCCUCCUCCCGACACGGGGACUCCAAAACGGACCGGGACCGGGACAAGUUGCAGAUGGUGGGCAUCAGCAAUAUUACCUUGGUGGACAAGUCAGAAAAGAUGCAGACAAUAAAAACACCUAAGGGCCUGGGCAAGAAAAAGGAGAAGACAGGGGAAGUUGUAAAGAAGGAAGAGAAGUCAGGCCCGGGGCAGUCACCCACACAAGGAACCCCUAAGAAAGAAGAUGCCUCAAAGGCAGGCAAAGGGAAGGUAACCAUCCCUGAGCAGAAGAUGAGCAAGGGAAAAGGGACGAAGACGGGGAGCAAAGAGAAGCGCAGCAUCCUCCUGGAGUCAGAGCAGCUAGUUGUUGAAACUACAGAGAUGGUUAACCCUCUCCUGGAACCUGUGGAGCACCGUGAUGGGAAGGUUUUCCUGCCUGGGAACAAGGAAACCGGAUCACAGAGGUGGGGCUGGAAGCCUUCCUCACCGCCGUGCAAUACCAGGUUCAGGUCUCCAAGCCCAAGACUUCGGCCAAGGGCCCCUUGGGGCUGCUGUGGCUGUCCCUUGCCAAAAACUGCUUUGACCCACAGUGUCCAACAUACACCAUGAUUCAGGAACUGAUGCUGCCAAGGGAUCCUGUGAAGGCCAAGGUCAAGGAGGAGGAGGGCACAGCUAUCUAGGCCUCCCACGGGCAGCCCUAUCUUCUUGGGAGAUAUCUUGGACCAGUAACAUAGUCUAUUGCUGUGUUAUUCUUGGAAAAUCACUCUGCUUGGAACAUUUGGGCUCUUGAGUCUGUUCAUAUUGCCUGGCUAGACAUGGCAGAGUGGUGGCCUGAAUCAUACCAUGGCUCUGUUGGGGACAUGAACUGAGUUCCUGGCUACAAAGCCAGGGCCCUUGCUCUAGCUUCUGAGGGUCACGGCAGUAUCCCUCAGACCAUCUCUGCCUGCACACACAUAGCCUUAGGAUGAUGGAGGGAGGAAGCUUGGAAGAAAGACCCACCCCCCAGCAUCCCCUGCUGCUUAUCUCCAACCCCUGAGUUUACCUGGCUUGAGAUGCCAGGGCUCAGCUUUUAAAGAUGAAGGCACUCUGGAGAGGGUAUUGUAUCCAUAUUUGCAUAGCAAAGGCCAAACAUUAGACAAGAUAAAGAGAACAUCACCCUCAUCUCUAGCCCCUCUGCCUACUAGAGCUCCAUUUCUGCACUUGUUGCCCCAGCACUGGCUGCUGAAUGGUUCCAGUGACAUCUCCCAUUGCUCUGAGUCCCAACACUGUCAAGAUGCACCAUGAUCAUCCAUUAUGGCUUCUCCAGUUAUGUCUGCCAGGUCCUCUAAAGCUCUGUCUUCAGCCCUACACCUGACCAGGGUAGGACAUGACA